UUCUUUAAAAAAGAUAUAUGGCAAAAGGAAGCGCUUUUCUCAACUAAAGCAAUCGUUUUUACACAGAUCAGGGAAACUGAGGAGCUAGGGUUUUGGAGCUUAAUCUGUAGGGUCUUUUAUCCUUAGAGUUAGAAAUUUACAUCGAAAAUCGAACUGGUGCGAGUCGAUUCGGACUGCCAGAUCGGUGCGACUCGGCCAUGUACAGUGGAUCCAGUGAUGGUGAGAGCCAGGAGGCUGCCACGCAACGGAAGAUCACGCCUGCUUCGUCGAUGCUGUGGGUCCGAAAUCUUCGCCGCUACAUCGGUUCCGGUGCCGGACUCGGAUCCGAAGCACUAAUGGAGCUUGAGACAAAGAGGAUCUUGCUUGAUAUAUUCAAAGAUAAGCAGCAGAAAAGUGCUGAAGCUGGUACAAUACCAAGUUUCUAUAAGAAGAAGCCUGAAGAAGGAUCCAUCAGUCAUAGGGUUCAGAGGCUAGCAAAAUAUCGAUUCUUAAAGAAGCAAUCUGAUCUUUUGCUAAAUGCUGAUGAUCUGGAUGCCAUGUGGGUUUGCUUGAGAGAAAAUUGUGUGAUUGAUGAUGCCACUGGUGCUGAAAAGAUGAACUAUGAAGAUUUUUGCCACAUUGCCACCGUAUGUACAGAACAAAUAGGUCCAAAAUGUAGACGCUUCUUCAGCCCAUCAAACUUUAUGAAGUUUGAGAAAGAUGAGUCAGGAAGAAUAGCUAUUUUGCCCUUCUAUCUUUAUGUGAUGCGCACAGUUUCUCUUACACAGGCCAGAAUAGAUAUGAGUGAGCUUGAUGAGGAUUCAGAUGGUUUCUUGCAACCUCAUGAAAUGGAGGCCUAUAUUCGUGGUCUUAUUCCUAACCUGGCACAACUACGGGAUAUGCCUGAAGCCUUUGUUCAAAUGUACUGUCGCAUAGCUGCACACAAGUUCUUUUUCUUUUGCGAUCCUCAUAGACGAGGAAAAGCCUGCAUAAAAAAGGUGCUGCUUAGCAACUGUCUCCAGGAAUUAAUGGAACUACAUCAGGAAAGUGAGGAAGAAGUCACUGACACUGAGCAAGCUGAAAAUUGGUUUUCCUUGACAUCUGCACAACGCAUAUGUGAUAUGUUUCUUGCCCUUGAUAAAGAUAUGAAUGGAACACUGAGUAAGCAGGAGCUUAAAGAAUAUGCAGAUGGAACUCUAACUGAAAUUUUCAUCGAAAGAGUAUUUGAUGAGCAUGUCCGCCGUGGCAAAACUGGUGCCAGCAAUAAUCGAGAGAUGGAUUUUGAAAGUUUUCUUGACUUUGUUCUGGCCCUUGAGAACAAAGACACUCCAGAAGGAUUAACAUAUUUAUUUCGUUGUCUCGAUCUUCAUGGUAGGGGAUUCCUCACGACAGCAGAUAUUCAUUCUCUUUUCAGAGAUGUACACCAGAAAUGGAUUGAAGGGGGCAACUAUGAAUUGUGUAUAGAAGAUGUGAGGGAUGAAAUAUGGGAUAUGGUCAAGCCAGUUGAUCCACUGAGCAUUACACUGGCUGACCUCCUAGCUUGUAAACAGGGUGGUACUGUGGCCAGCAUGCUCAUAGAUGUGCGGGGAUUUUGGGCUCAUGACAAUAGGGAAAAUCUUCUCCAAGAAGAAGAAGAGCCAGAGGAAGAAUGAUGAUUGCAUGUCUGAUCAAAAUGCUGCUUAUACUAACAAAAACUUGUUUGUGAAAGGCACCCGUAGUUCUUGCAAGAUGUGUUAUUUUGUUGCAUUGCUGCCUAUUCCAAGAUGUAUGAUCUUAAAGUGUACUAAAAAGCUGAUGAAAUUCGAUUCAAAUGCUUACCUGAAUCUGUUGGCUGGCACCAAUCUCUGACAAACGUUAUUCAAAUAGACAAA